AGGCCUGGCGUUGUUUUUGUAACGUUUUUUUUAAUUCAAAUGGAAACUUUCGAUUUAUCCUUUCCUGGUCGAGGUGUACAAGAAAAACAAUCAAUUCCUAUGUUAAAGUUGCCCUAAACCAUCGCUUCAUAUUGCCACCAUGGGUUUGAAAGAAAAAAAGUUUUUAAAUCUAAGGGAGAAAUUGGAUCGACUCGGUUAUAGUCAGCCUCUUUCUGUUGACUCAGUUUUAUUGGUUGAAAAACUUUUGUACGAUUUGGAUUCGUUCAAAAAACAGUUGGACCAUUACAAAAAUUCAGCUAUCAAGGCGAAUUCUAAAUGUGAUUCACUCGAGUUGACCUUACUGCCUUAUAAAAGAGACAAUGAAAGAUUAAUCAGAGAAAAUAAUGAGCUGCAUCACACAAUUUUAAAGCAAAGAGACGAAGCGGAAAAAUCCAUAAACAAAUUAAAAUCCCAACUUAUUGAAACAGAAAAUGCUUAUUCAGAUUUGGAGUUUGCCUAUAUGGAGCAACUGACAAAUGUUGGAGAACUACAUCAAGACAUUUUGCUUAAGAAUGAAAAAUUGCUAACGUUAGAUAAUACUUCAAGGAACAGUGCAGGUCUUAUAAAUCCAACUAUUGGCAAAAACUAUAACCAACCUUCCCCGAAAAAACAACUAAAACAAAGGGAAUUACAAAAGAAACUGAGGGCCAACUUAAGAACUGUAACAUCGGUAAAUAAUUACAUUUCAAAUGUUUUGGAUGGAAAAUCAAGGUCUGAGGGUCUCGAUGAAUUGGAAAAACUUAAAAGGGAUAACUGCCAUUUAAUGGACGAGGUGGAACUUUGUCAAAAUCAGGUGAAAUCAAGAGACAGGGAAAUUGAACGUCUCAGUAAAAUAGUUGAGAAAAGAGCUUCUCCAAUUGUGUACCACCAUUCUACAUGCAAUUGUCAUUGUUUUGAAGAUCAAGACUUAUCACUGCUUGGUGACAACAGCCCAGUUUUACUGAAAAAACAAUUGGAAGAGGCCACUUUAAAGCAGCAUCAAGCGAUGAAAAGAGCAACAGAUUUAAUGGAUCGAGUAAAAGUUCUAGAAAAUAAAUUAGUCCAUUUGGAGGCUCGGAAUAUUCAAAGAGAAUAUAACAGUUCUGAACAAACGAAAGAAAAGAGGGACUGUUCAAAACAUUUGGAAGACUUAAAAAUUAUGGAAAUGGAAAAGUCAAGUUUAAAAGAACAAAUUGAAGAACUCAGAUAUAAAAAUACCAGUUUAGAGGAGAAAUGCAGUUCUCUUCUGUCGGAGAAUCACAGUUUAAACAAUAGAUUAAAACAAAUUCAACUUUCAGGUACUGAAGAUGCUAAUUUCAAGGAGUGCCAACAAAAGCAUGCCAAACCUAAAAAACAAGUAGUCCAACAGCAAAAUCACAGAGAGUGUUCCUGUGGUUGUUGUUGUGAUCAUAAAUAUACACAUGAAAAUGAAUAUAAAUUCGAAGGUUCAGAAAGCGAUCAUCCUCUUUGUUCUCACAAGAAUGUGCUUAAAAUAUUAAACAAAGAGAAAGCACGAGCCACUGAUGAACUGAACAAACUGCAGGAUGAGUUAAUCGAUUAUAAGAACAAACUUGCUGGUUUAUCGCAAGCAAUGCACAGCGAGAAAUGUAACAACGAAGUAAUUAAAUUGCAACUAGAAGAUAAAAUUAAAAGCUAUGAGCUAGAAAAGAAAAGUUUAAGCGAUAAGAUAAGUAGCUUGAACUCUAAAUUACAAAUGGCAGAACACCAAAUUGACAAAUUAAGACAUGAGGUUGACGAAUUGACGACUGAUAGUGCCAACUGGAAAGCAAAGUACAAUCAUAUCAAGGUGUUGAAUGAGCAUUUGGAAAUGACGAUAAAAAAUUCUGAAGAAAAUGAGAAAAGUAAUGUAGCAGAUAUAAAAUCAUCAAUGAUAAAAAUUCAACAAUUAGAAAAGGAAAAAGCGGCACUAGAGACUGCUCUGCAAACUAUGCAAAAAGAAAAAGUUUCGCUUCGAAAUGAUAUUCACCAUUUGGAUAAAGAAAAAGACUCUCUUAUGACGACUCUUGAUGAAAAGGCCGUUCAGCUUUCUAAAAUGGAAACGGCAAUGAAGCAGAAAAACAACUAUGUUAGUAAUAUGGAAAAAGAAAUUUCAAACCUUCAAGCACAAGUCCAUACACUUGAAAGAAUGCUGUCAACUGCAGAAAGUAAAGCCAGAUCUUCAAAUAAUGACAUUCGUAAAAUUGAAGCAGAAUUGACCACUUUAGAAAGCUGCAAAGAGAAUCUUAUUUAUGAAAAUAGGAGAUUACAGAAUGAUCUGGCAGCACUUACUCAAGACAAUAUGCAAAUGUCUGGAGCACUGGCAGCUUCAAAACAGGAAGUGGAAAACUUAAAAAUGAGAUUGCAAACCUACGUUGAAGAAGUGAGAAGAGUCGAUGAACUUUUACAAAUGAAGGAAAAUGAAAGAGCUGAGUUAUUGGAACAAUUCAAAGCUUUAAGUGCAGAAGCGUCCCAUUUAGAAGUGAAUAACCAAAGUCUUGAAUAUGAAUCAACAAAAACAAAGGAAACAUUAAGAGAUACAACGGACAGAGUGCAGAACCUAGAAUGGGAAAUAGGAAGCAAAAACUCUUUAGUACAAGAGAUGGAAGGAAAGGUUACAGAUUUGACUUCACAAAUUGAAGAAUUACAUUCAAAACUUUCGGAAAAAAAUAAUAGUGAAAUUAUUCUUUCAAAUGACUUAGAUGCUGCUAGAAAUUUGUGUAGUAAUUUAGAAAAACAAAAGCAUACUUUUAUUGAACAAAUUUGGAAGCUUCAGGAAAAUGAAAAAAUGCUUGAAAGCCAUUUGGAUCGAUUGAAACAGGAUAAAGAGAAACUUGAGUUGCGUGUAGCAGAGGACCAAAGAAACCAGAGAAACCUUCAAGAUGUUUUGACAUCGAGCAGGCAGGAGGCUAUGGAAAAAUCCCUCUACACUCAUGAUUUGAGAUUUGAAGUCGAAGAAAUGCAACAAACAGUGCACUCAUUGGAAAAUAAACUAACUCAUUUGACUAAAACUCUCAGCGAUUGUCAAAGGUCGUGUGAAAAUUAUAGAGAAGAAAAUAUUAAAUUAAAAAGAGACCUGACGAACAGAGAAUUCGAAAGGACUAGAGCAGAAGACUCUGCGAGUUUCAGUACAUCUCUGUGAUCUUAUUGCGUUAACCACAGCACAAACUCUGAGAUGCUUAUGAAUUUAUAGUUAAUUCUGUUAAACAAAAUCGAAUAUAUAUGUAUAUGUAGUUUAGAAUUGUAAUUAUUAACUAAAAAUUGUAUUUUUAUGUCUAUUUUUUUA